GAAUCUUUUCUACUUCGAUUCCUCCUAUCGCCCGAUUCCGCUGGAGACGUCCUUCCUGGGCAUCACAGAGCUCAGCCCUCAGCACAGCGGUGUUUUGAGGACCAACCGCGUGAAGCACAUUGCAAAGCUCAACGAGAUCUGCUAUGAAGCAGUGGUGGAACAAGUGAGAAAAGGAGUCCCCCCUUUCGUGUCGGUUUCGGGCGAUGUAGGGCUUACGGUUUCGGGUUCAGUAUUUCUUACUCCGUGA